UAGACGAGACCCCGCUCCUCGGCGCCUGCCUCCCCCUCGCGCCCCGGCCCCGCCAGCCCCGCCAGCGCCGCUACCUCCGCCAGCGUUGCCACCAUCAGCACCACCUCCACCGCCACCGCCGCCACCACCGCCAGCGCCGGCGGCGGCAGCAGCCAUUUCAUCUCCACAGAAACCAGACACAAAAACAUGGCAGAGAUGGAGAAAGAGGGGAGACCUCCGGAAAAUAAAAGGAGCAGGAAACCGGCCCACCCCGUGAAAAGGGAGAUCAACGAGGAGAUGAAGAACUUUGCAGAAAACACCAUGAAUGAACUCCUUGGCUGGUAUGGCUAUGAUAAGGUUGAAUUAAAAGAUGGUGAAGAUAUUGAAUUCAGGAGCUACCCUACAGAUGGGGAGAGCCGGCAGCACAUUUCUGUUCUCAAAGAAAAUUCUUUGCCAAAACCAAAAUUACCUGAGGACAGUGUUAUCUCACCAUACAAUAUAAGCACAGGCUAUUCAGGGCUCGCCACUGGAAAUGGACUUAGUGACUCACCUGCAGGGUCAAAGGAUCAUGGCAAUGUGCCCAUUAUUGUACCUUUAAUUCCACCACCUUUUAUAAAGCCACCAGCAGAAGAUGAUGUGUCAAAUGUACAAAUAAUGUGUGCCUGGUGCCAGAAAGUGGGGAUCAAGCGCUAUUCCCUGAGUAUGGGAAGCGAGGUGAAAAGCUUCUGCAGCGAGAAGUGCUUUGCAGCGUGCCGACGAGCCUACUUCAAGAGAAACAAGGCUAGAGAUGAAGAUGGACAUGCUGAAAAUUUUCCCCAGCAGCACUAUGCUAAGGAAACUCCAAGGCUUGCCUUCAAGAAUAACUGCGAACUACUUGUAUGUGACUGGUGCAAGCACAUAAGACACACAAAAGAAUACCUGGAUUUUGGGGACGGGGAAAGGCGGCUUCAGUUCUGCAGUGCAAAAUGUCUCAAUCAAUACAAAAUGGACAUUUUCUACAAAGAGACACAGGCCAAUCUCCCAGCUGGGCUGUGCAGCACACUGCACCCUCCCAUGGAAAAUAAAGCAGAAGGCGCCGGGGUGCAGCUGCUCACUCCAGACUCUUGGAAUAUCCCGCUAACAGAUGCUCGCAGGAAGGCCCCCUCCCCGGUGGCUGCAGCUGGCCAAAGCCAGGGCCCUGGCCUGGCGGCGUCCACCACCGUCUCUCCAUCUGACACUGCCAAUUGCUCCGUCACUAAAAUCCCCACGCCAGUGCCCAAGUCCAUCCCCAUCAGCGAGACGCCAAACAUCCCUCCUGUCUCGGUGCAGCCUCCGGCCAGCAUCGGGCCUCCCCUGGGCGUCCCGCCUCGCAGCCCUCCCAUGGUGAUGACCAACCGCGGCCCGGUGCCGCUGCCCAUCUUCAUGGAGCAGCAGAUCAUGCAGCAGAUCCGCCCGCCCUUCAUCCGCGGGCCACCGCACCACGCCUCCAACCCCAACAGCCCGCUGCCCAACCCCAUGCUGCCCGGCAUCGGGCCCCCGCCCGGCGGCCCCCGGAACCUGGGCCCCACUUCCAGCCCCAUGCACCGGCCCAUGCUCUCCCCGCACAUCCACCCCCCGAGCACGCCCACCAUGCCGGGGAAUCCCGCGGGCCUGCUGCCCCCGCCGCCCCCGGGCGCCCCCUUGCCGACUCUUCCCUUCCCGUCGGUGAGCAUGAUGCCAAACGGUCCGAUGCCCGUGCCCCAGAUGAUGAACUUCGGGCUGCCGUCGCUCGCCCCGCUGGUGCCGCCCCCGACCCUGCUCGUGCCAUACCCGGUGAUCGUGCCCCUGCCCGUGCCCAUCCCCAUCCCCAUCCCCAUCCCCCACGUGAACGAUUCCAAGCCCCCCAACGGAUUCUCCAGUAACGGGGAGAACUUCAUUCCGAGCGCCCCUGGCGACUCCUCGGCGGCGGGAGGCAAGCCAGGCGGACACUCCCUGUCCCCUCGGGACUCCAAGCAGGGCUCGUCCAAGUCGGCGGACUCUCCGCCCGGCUGCUCGGGCCAGGCCCUGAGCCUGGCGCCCGCCGAGCCCGGCCGGAGCGAGGUGGUGGACCUGACGCGGCGCGCCGGCAGCCCCCCAGGCGCGGGCGGCCCACUCGGCGGCUUCCCCGGCGUGCUGCAGGGCCCGCAGGACGGCGUCAUCGACCUGACCGUGGGCCACCGGGCCCGGCUGCACAACGUGAUCCACCGCGCGCUGCAUGCGCACGCCAAGGCGGAGCGCGAGCCGGGCGCCGCGGAACGCAGGACCUGCGGCGGCUGCAGGGACGGCCAUUGCAGCCCGCCCGCCGCCGGCGACCCGGGCCCGGGCGCACCCGCGGGCCCCGAGGCCGCCGCGGCCUGCAACGUCAUCGUGAACGGCACGCGCGGCGCCGCCGCCGCAGCCGCCGCCGCCUCCGAAGGCGCCAAGGGCGCGGAGCCGCCGCCCGAGCAGCCGCCGCCGCCGCCCCCGCCCCCGCCGCCGCCUGCGCCCCCCAAGAAGCUGCUGUCGCCAGAGGAGCCGGUGGUGAGCGAGCUGGAGUCCGUCAAGGAGAACAACUGCGCUUCCAACUGCCACCUGGACGGGGAGGCGGCCAAAAAGCUGAUAGGGGAGGAGGCCCUGGCGGGGGGCGACAAGUCGGACCCGAACCUGAACAACCCCGCUGACGAGGACCACGCCUACGCGCUGCGCAUGCUGCCCAAGACCGGCUGCGUGAUCCAGCCUGUGCCAAAACCCGCCGAGAAGACUGCCAUGGCGCCGUGCGUCAUCUCCUCGCCCAUGCUCAGCGCCGGGCCCGAGGACCUGGAGCCGCCACUCAAAAGGAGGUGCCUCCGAAUUAGAAAUCAGAAUAAGUAAAAGAAUGCACUUUUGGACAGUGUUUUCGCCAAGAGCCUAAUGCUGCAGAAUCCCAGCUGCAGCCACGUCACGUCAUGCUUGCUGCAGGAAGUGUGCUGGGCGAGGCAGCGGACAAGGGACUUCUCUUCAAGGGACCAUAUCCUGCAGGUGCCGGUGGUGGAAAGACGAAGAGGGAGCCAAGAAAAGAAAGCCAGUGGAGACGCACGCCCCUGGCCCUUGCACGUUCACAGUUUAUGCUCUAUGGGGAGACGCUGCCAUUCUGCAGCAAACGCUUCUCAGCCUGCCUCGGAGGCUAGGUGAGCAGAGUGGCUGAGUCAGGGAACAGAGCAGGUCAGUGAAUGCCAGGGCCUGGAGGUGGCAGUGUCUGGGAUCUCUCCCCAGCCCCCAGCUUCCUCUGAAGCAAGUGUACUGGGAAGAGGAUGGGGCCAAGUGACCAGCCUUCUGCCUUCUGCAAGCCUCCCAGCUAAGCUCCCUGACUGCUGAGUGCAGUGACUCACUCCCUCUCCAAUCUUGUGCACCUGCCUUUGUGCCCACACGCCUUACACCAUAGCCAGUGGGGAGCAGCUAGCUCAUGGAGAACCCUGACCCCCACCUGGACAGUCCUGCCUUUCGGUGACUUUCCUGGGGGAGGAGGUUGUACCACAGGGAUGGUGGGGGGCAAGGCAGGGCAGGUGCAUCCCAUUUUCCUUCACUGCCCCUAGUCCUAUGCAGAAUACUUGGGCAUCCUCCCGUUGCCUCUCAGCCGGUGAUGCUUCCUCUGAGGAUGAGUGUGAAAGCGAUGCAUUCCGCCUGUGUCAACUUUCGUUCCUUUAGAUACCUCAAAGGCACCAUAGGAAUUCAUUUGGCGAGACAACAACAAACUAGCUUUAAAAGAUAAGCUUACCCAGUUAACACCGGCGUCAUCUAUAACUGGGCAUGGGAUCCCAUUCUCUGUGCGCUCCCACAUGGCAGCUCUGUCUCCUAACUGUGCAGCGCUCUCUUCCAGAUUUGUGGUUUUCUGCAGUGUUCUGCUUAGAAAACAAGUAGGGUGGGGUCAGGAGCGAGACCAUGAGGACAUCCACAGGGAGGGGAAGCACACACACACAUAGAAGCUUUAAGGGUCAUGUAAAAGAUUCUAAUGAAAAUGGAGCAAAAGAGAAUGACAGUACCAAAAACUUGCAAUUAGCCUCUAGUGCUUUAAGACAGUUCCUGAGUGUACCACCAACUAUUCGGAAAUUGGAAAGCAGACAGCACCCCUCUCCCCACCCCCGAGAUCUCUUAACUCUGGCACUCCUAGGACUGGGCUGCGGUUGGAAGGGAUUUUACCCUGUUACCCAAACGCACAGUGCUGAAUGGGGAGAUGGAGCUGGGAGCAGAACAGCCUCUCCACACAGCUGAGGGGUCAGGGCUGGAGCAAAUCAAAGCUUCUACUGCUCCACAGCCAAAUGCCUGUCCAGAUACUGGGCUGCUGCAGCUCUGGUUAUCCCAUCGCCUCCCUCCUGAGCCUCUGAUUUGCUCUCUGUCUUUGAUAGCAAGCUGUUUGGUCUACAGGCAGAGGUAAGACUGUGGCUGACAGUAUUUAAAGAAUGAAAAGAAGAAAUGCACUUUAUGGCCUUAUUUGGUAUGAAACAUUGAUCUAAUGUUCAAAAAAUGCAAUUAAAAAGUCUAUGUCCUCCUCAUUUGCAUGGCUUAUUUCCCUAGAUGUGUUUUUGGUAUUGAAAAUGAAUGUUAUUCCUAUUCAACAUGCGUCUCAAUUUGUAAUGAUAUCCUCCGUGCAGCUGGCUUAGUUCUCCAAGUGUUUCUAAAAUGUUACUUUCUUAAAUUUGAGCCGACCUACAAUAACAAAUUAUCUAGAAGCAAAGUGGCUAAACCGGGCAUUUGGUUGAGAGAGGGGAAACCCUAUAUUUCAUCCUUCAGCUCUUGUUUUGGAAAUUCAGAUGGUAACAUGAUCUUCCAAAGAAAUCUACAUACACACACACACACACACUUUAAAAAUUGUGCAGAUUGGGUGUUGUGGGAUCAAGAACGAUCAGGUUUAAGUUUCUCUCCAAAGCUCUGCAUCCCAUCAGCAAGCUCUUUUGAUAUUUUAAACCC